UCUGCGCGCGCACGCUCGCCGCACUCCCUCCCUGGCUCGGGGCUGAGACUGUUACCUCCGUCGGCCUCACCUUCGGCUGAAUGGGAGUCCCGUAAUCCUCUCCGGGUCGUAACCGGAGACGGCUGCAGCGGAGGCGGCUGUGAGUGCUGCUGGAGGCGAGUAGCUCUUCGUGUCUUCAUCUCCUCGGCUUCCUGGAGUCGCGGUUGCCUCCGCUGCCGAGACCGAAGUCACUGUAUAUAUGCCUUGUUUCCUGGGUCCACGGGAAGCAUGAGCCUGUUGGGACGUGGGACAAGAAGAAAACAAGACAUCUUCACAAAGAAAACCAGACACUAACAAAAAGUAUCCCAAAGUCUGAAGACAUAAAACUCAAACAUGACCGACAGAGGACUUAGGGAUCCUCCAGAGGACCCUCAAAAGGAUUUGGAAGGUGAUCCAUCAAUAAAUUGUCAGGCACAGGAGACUACAGUCACAGCAAGUACCACUGAAGAAGCUCAGACCCCAAACCCUGCCUCUGGUCUUAACAAAGACCACCAAGAGGUAGAAUCAGUUGGUCCAGGAAGUACAGAUACAGAUGAUCAAUCAGAAAGUCCAGAUGAAACAGAUUAUAGGAAAUAUCCAAAGGAUACAGAAGGUGAGAACAGCCAGAGUUUCCAGGGUGGAGAACAAGGGCAUCAACUCCCUUCAGAAAGUCUCGGUGAAGACCUCUUGGAUCCAGAACCCAACUGUUCUCCAAGUGACAAGGUGGGAAGAACAGACGCACACUUAGUGAGCAGCUCUGCAGCCCUCCCUGAGCAUGUGAGCGACAGACCUGGAGCUUUGCAGGAGCCACCUGUCCUUGACCCUCAGGAUGCCCAGAGUCCUGAGCAUUCCAGUACAGGGCUGGAGAGCGAGGACACACUGAGGAAGCGACUGCUGGCACCAGAGGUUGAGAGACAUCAAGAAGAAACACAAAAAUUGGAAGGAAACAAAGAGAAUGCACAGGAUACCAUAAGAAGGAUUAAUAAAAAGGAUUUUCUGAGCUAUGGCUCCAUCUUUCUUGGCUCCCUGGUUCUGACUCUUGUUUUGCUAAGUUCUGUUAAUAGCUAUUAUUCCUCUCCGGCCCAGCAAGUGCCCAAAAAUCCAGCUUUGGAGGCCUUCUUGGUUCAUUUCAGCCAUUUGAAGGAUAAAUUUCCAGGCCAGAGUUCCUUUCUGUGGCAGAGAGGACGUAAGUUUCUCCAGAAGCACCUCAAUGCUUCACACCCCACUGAGCCAGCCACCAUCAUAUUUACAGCAGCUCAAGAGGGAAGAGAGACCCUGAAGUGCCUCAGCCACCACGUUGCAGAUGCCUACACGUCUGCCCAGAAAGUCUCUGCCAUUCAGAUUGAUGGAGCUGGAAAAACCUUUCAGGACAGUGAUAAGGUCAAGCAUUCAGUUGACAAGGAGCUGAGCUCUGGGUUUGAGAAGGGCCAGAAGGCUGCUGUGGUCCACCGCUUUGAAUCCCUUCCUGCAGGCUCCACCUUGAUCUUCUACAAGUACUGUGACCAUGAGAACGCUGCCUUUAAAGAUGUGGCCCUGGUCCUGACCAUCCUACUGGAGGAGGAAACAUUAGAAGCAAGUGUCGGCCCAAGGGAAACUGAAGAGAAAGUGCGAGAUUUACUUUGGGCGAGGUUUACUAACUCUAACACUCCCAGCUCCUUCAACCACAUGGAUUCAGACAAGCUGAGUGGACUGUGGAGCCGUAUUUCCCACCUGGUGCUGCCCGUCCAGCCAGUGAGGAGCAUAGAAGAACAGGGCUGCUUUCUGUAAGCUAAGCACAGAGUUGGUUAUGGUCAGCAUGGGUUUAUUAAAAAGGCAGUUUAAAAGCCUUCCAUUUAUAUGGAAGGAGGUUGACGAAUGUGAGGAAAUAGCCUGGAAAGCACAAAUGAGCUUAUUUGAGAAAAGAAAUUUUCAUUUUUUAAUUUUUGUAAAAUCUUUCUAAUCUAAGCAUGACAAAGCUAAAAGUUGACCUGACUUUUUUUUCCUUGCCUUUCAAGCAAAUCAGGUAUAUAUAACUGAGGAAUGUUCUUCAAUCCAAAAGUAGAGCAACAGAAUCAUUACAUGGGAAGAUAAUCUUCUCAGUAACUACAGAGUGAUUUUUGUUUUCUUGAGACUCUAAGGAGCCUUUUGGAUAGUAUUUGGACUCAGAUUAAAGCAAUUACAAUUAUAAAACAGUGAAAAUUUUUUUUAAAAAUUUCUAUAUCACAUGUUAAAUAUUUUUAAAAUUCAUUUUAAUAACCUAGUUGUGGGAUUACAUCUUAUGCUUUUUUGCACUUUUGAAUAGUAUGAAAAAGAAAAUAAGAAUUCAGAUACUUAUUUACCUAAAUACUAUAUGUAAGGCGCUAUGUUUUUGUUCCGUUAAUGAGCUCUGAGGGAAAAGCAGCUGUGCUCAAGAAAUGUUCUUAAAAAUUGAAAACAAUGGGGGAAUUGUUUAUAAUCACUGCAAAUGAAGAAAUUCCAACUGGCUGUGUCUUUGCUUCAAUUUUCUUGAAUGAUUUAGAGCAGUGGUUUUCAGGCUGUCUACUGGCACCCCUCCCCUUUGUAUCAAAGAAGUUCUGCUUUUUCCCAUUUUAUAUAUUGGGCUCCUCCAUAAGAUUUAAUUGGAUUUAAUUGGAAUAAAGAGUUCCACUGAUAAUGAAGUUUGAAAAUCACUGAUUAAGUGAAAAAGCAUCUUGGAAGAUAGGGAAAAAAAUGAAAAUAUUAAAACUCAUGAGUAGGUAGAAAAUAAAAUACAGGUUUAUCAAGAGACAUGCUAUUUAUGAAGAAUACAGACUUAACAGAUGAAUAGCAGAAUGUAUAAACUAGUAUUUACUAGCAUAUUUCUAUGCUUUUGUUAAUCUCUGUUAUCAUUUCUGUCUCCCCUGAAUGGAAUUUUAUAAUUGUCUACAAUGAGAGUUUGAGUGCUUUAAGCAGAACAGAUUUUAAUAACCAGUUGAAUCGUAGAUUUU